AUGACAAAACCACGUACUGAAACAACCCCAACAUCCCCCACCAUCACCCGCUCCACCACCACCAAAACAACCUUCACCAAUCUCACCCCCGCAGACUCCAUCUUCCGCUCCACACUGGAGAACACCUCCAUCACCAAGACACCCGAGGCUACUAGCAGCAUCGGCAUCAAACGCAGCAAACUCCACGCCUGCACCCUCACCAACUCCUCCACCCGCCGCUCCACCCUCACCAAGACAACCCUGCUUAACGUCCCCGCAGCCCGCUCACUCGACGCAAGCGACUCCUCGCUAUCGAAUGUCCAGCGUCUCCGACGGAGCGAGAUCCGCGCCAGCACGGUAAGCGAUAGCGCGGUCCGGCGGAGCACGGUGGUGCACUCGACUGUGAGGCAGUCUCUCCUCCGGCGGAGCAAGUUAGACCGCGUUGCUUUGUUUCGGAGCCGGCUGAAGAGGGCGGUGCUGACGGACUGCGAGGUGAGCGAGUGUGUGGUUAUCGGGACGGAGUUUAAGGGGAUGAGGUUGAGGGGUGGGGUGUGGAAGGGUGGACGGUUGGUGGGGAAGGUUGGGGAGGGAGAGGUGGUUUUCGAGGAGAUAGCGAAGGGUAAGAAGGACAAGGAGGUCGCUGCUAAUGAUGUCAUCCGUGAUGCAAAGGUUGACAGAUUUGAUUACAAAAUUCUAGAGGAGGAGAGCGAGUCGGAGGAGGAUGAUAAGUCCAGUGUGAGUGAUGACGAGGCGGAGCUGCCGCCGCCGUAUGCGCCUUGA